AGUUAUCACUGUAAUAACAACGAGUAUGCCACGAUUUGUACCACAACGACAGUGUAGCAGUGCAUUACAAAGAACAAACGCUCUCGGGUAUAUAUUUACUUACUUGCUCUCGGCCGAUCUGCGGUAACAUAAUAAAUAUCAAUCAUAAUAAAACACAUUUUCAACACAAGUUUUCUGUACGUUUUAUUCGCUGGUAUCGUCUAUCACAAUUUAUUUAGUCAUCUAACGCAACGUUCUUCCGUUUGUUUACGAUAAUCGUUCGUACGCCAUCCAUCUAUCGUCGUCACAGCGGUCACACAUCAUCGUCGACAUUCAAUAUUUUAUCUACUUACAUUUAUUGGCGAUUGCCGACACAUCAAUAUAAACCGUCGUCGUCAUGUACACAUCGAAACCUGCGACCAACGUCGGCCGGAUACUUUUGCAUCGGGCCCUUCAGUUCCGGCGGGAGAGGUCGUCGGCGACGUCAUCGAACGUAAGGGUCGUAAACGACGUACGCCACAUCCGGGGCGAAUACGGUCGCGUGACCGACGCCGAAGUCCAUCAUUUCCAGUCGCUGCUGGGCGAACCGAACGUGCUGACUGGCGCCCAAAACGUCGGGCCGUACAACGUGGACUACAUGAAACACACAUUGGGCAACAGUGGGCUAGUGUUAAGACCAAAAACCGCAAAAGACGUGUCGGACAUACUGAAGUACUGCAACGACAGAAGAAUUGCGGUGUGUCCGCAGGCGGGCAACACGGGCAUAUCGAGCGGUAGCGUGGCGCUCUUUGACGAAGUGGUCUUAUCCACGGAGCGGAUGAACAGUAUAAUUAAUUUCGAUCCAGUGUCCGGGGUGUUGGUGUGUGAAGCAGGAUGCGUACUCGAGUCGUUGAUGAAGCACGUAGAAGGUCAUGGGUACAUGAUGCCGUUAGACUUGGGGUCGAAGGGCAGUUGUCAGAUCGGUGGCAACGUGUCGACCAACGCCGGCGGCAUACGAGUCAUACGGUACGGCACGCUACAGGGGUGCGUCUUGGGCCUAGAAGCCGUCACUGCAGAUGGUACGAUUUUGAACUGUUUAAAUACAAUGCGAAAAGACAACACAGGAUAUCAUUUAAAGCAUUUAUUUAUUGGUUCAGAAGGCACGUUGGGUAUUAUCACCAAAGUAGCAAUAAUGUGUCCAAAUCUUCCAAAGCACGUGAAUGUGGCAUUUAUUGGAUUGGAUAGUUACGAUAAAGUUCUUGAGUUGUUCUCUAUUGCUCGUGCUGAAUUUGGAGAAACACUAUCGUCCUUCGAACUUAUAGAUAACACAGCUAUGACGUCCGUGGAAAACAAACUUCAUCUCUCGUGUCCGAUCACCAACGUCCAUCCAUUCUACAUACUCAUUGAACUCGCUUCUAGUCAACCGACUGUCGGUAAACACAUGGAAAAUAUCCUGGAAAAAGUUCUCAAUGACUCAAUAAUUUCCGAUGCAACUACGACCGACCAGAUAUCCACCAUACAAAAAAUAUGGAAAGUACGUGAAACAAUAAUUGAAGCGUUAUUAAAGAUAGGCUACGUAUAUAGCUUCGAUAUAUCGCUACCUCUGAACAGAUUUUAUGAAAUUGUUGAGUUAACUCGAGAAAAACUUAAGGGCAUUGAAGAUGUAAAAACUGUUUGUGGAUUUGGUCACAUAGGCGACGGUAACUUGCAUCUAAACGUGGUGACAUCGAGAUAUGACGAAGAACUGACCCGAAUCAUCGAGCCAUUCGUCUACGAGUGGACGUCUAAACACCGGGGAAGCGUCAGCGCCGAGCACGGGAUCGGCUUGUCGAAAACAAAAUAUCUGGAGCACACAAAAAGCAGAUCGGCCGUCGACCUUAUGCGGAGUCUGAAAAACACCAUGGACCCAAAGUGUAUACUAAACCCUUACAAAGUCAUCCCGGCCGUGGCGGUCGGCGAACAGUAAUCCGGGAUUGAAUAAAUAACCUAAUAUUUAUUUAUUUAUAAUACCUUAUAUGUCAACCGUGGUAAUAAAAUUUGAUACACACACACACACAUAUAUAAUAUGUACGCGUGUAUGUAUGUAUUAUUUUCUGAAUGUACCGUAGUCGUUGUCACGUUAUAUAGAAAUAAAAAACAUAUUUUUAUACGGCGAGAGAUCCCCGAGAAAACGAGAAAAUUAAGAUCGUCUAACAUUAUGUUUAUGCUAUCAUCUUAACAUCAAAAGUCACAUUGCUAUACACACAUCUUAUCAUCACAUUGAUUUUUAAUAAAUAUUUAUAUACAUUUUUUUUAUGUAA